AUGUUCUACUCCGAGACUCUUUCUCUCCAAAACCGGGCCGCUGGCCCGCGUCUGGUUUCCGACAUUGAAAGCAGCGUCAGCGCCAUUGUCGAUCAAGGCCAGGCGCCUAUGGCUUUGCGACUUAGUGGUCAGCUUUUGCUGGGUGUCGUGCGCAUUUACAGCCGCAAGGCGCGUUACCUUUUGGACGAUUGCAAUGAAGCUCUUAUGAAAAUUAAAAUGGCCUUCCGUCUUACAAACAACAAUGACUUGACGAGCACAGUCGUCGCGCCGGGUGGCAUCACACUUCCCGACUUGCUGACUGAAACCGAUCUAUUUACCAACCUUGAUACGUCGCUACUUUUCCCACAGAACCUGAACAUGGAUUCGAGCGGAAAGCGACCAGGUCACAUGGACUUUGGCAGCCAGAUCCUGCCUGAUAGCACUCUCCGCCGUUCAGUCUCCCAGGAACCCGCGCGCCUCGAGGAUGCUAGUCUGAUCGAAAUUGACCUGGGUGAGGAUGAGAACCCCCUGGGUAUGGAUACCACCAUGGAAAUUGGUCGAGAUGCUCCUCCGGCUCGCCCCAUGGAAGAUGAUCUGUUUAGUGAUUCCGGCAAGCUCAUCGACGAUCAUGACAUCCCUAUCGAUAUUGGUGAAGAUGAUUUGCCGCUGGACCGUAUGGAUAUCGACAACUUGAAUGACCCUCUCGUCGAUGGCCCUGUGGAUUUUGGUGGUGAUGACGAUCUUGGUGGUAUGACUCCUCGUGCUGAAGAUCACCGCUUUGCGCGCGACUCGGAGAGCCCUCUUUCGGACGCCGGAUCUGUCCAGAUGACCCAACUCGAGGAAGAAUUUAACCGUGAUGUCUCUGCUACCCCUGAAGCUCAAGCCCAGCAACGCCAGACAUCCAAGCGUCAAAAGUUGAUCGAAUUAGAUCGCCGGCCAGCCAUGUCCAACACCGAGGUCAAGGCCCUGCAGGCCGAUCGUUCGGAGAUUCUGAAGCCCACCUCCUUCCUGCCCCGCGACCCCGUUCUUUUGACUUUGAUGACCCGCCAGCAGAACGGCGAGUUUGUUUCAAGCAUCUUCGGCGAAGAGCGUGGUCGUGGCUGGGCCCCUGAGCUUCGUGGUCUCCUUUCUCUGGACUCCGUGAAGAGAUCUGGUGAGCUGAAGCGCAAGCGUGACAGCGGAAUUUCCGACAUGGAUGUAGCUGCUGCUGAGAUGCCUGCAUUGGAAUUCGGUGAGGAUGAUGCCAUUGUCCCCGUUGAUGAGGGCAUCGGCCUCGAGACCACCCUGAACCAGCACUCGGAGAUUGAAUUCCCUGGAGAUGAUGGUGUCCAGGAUAUGCACUUUAGCGAUGCAGGCGAUAUUCAGCCCCUCGAGGACUUGGAUGAUACCAUUCGUCCCGUUGACAACGAGGCUGUCUCUUUGGGUACCAAACACGCCGUCCACGUCCUACGUGAGCAGCUCGGCGACUCGGAACAGAAGAAGGGUGUGCUCUUCCAGGACCUUCUCCCGGAGAAGCGCGCCACCAAAGCCGACGCGACUAAGAUGUUCUUCGAGGUUCUGGUGCUGGCCACUAAGGACGCCGUCAAAGUAGAGCAGACAACCAAGUCAAUUGGUGCUCCCCUCAAGAUCAAGGGCAAGCAGGCCCUCUGGGGCUCAUGGGCCGAGGAAAAUGUCGCCGGUGCUGCCAGCCAGCUGACCCAGGUUUUGUAA